CAGAGUGCUCGAAUCCAACGAAAUGCAGUAGAGAUUUGUUAAACGAUUCGGUGUCGGAGACACCUAGCGCGUUACGCAAACAGGGUGGAAUUUCUCCCGAACCAUUUUUGUACAAGCGCCUCGAUCCAUCCACAUUCUCAACAACUUCAACAAUUUUGACAGAUCUGCCUGCAUUUGGCAAUUCAAGGUGUUCUUGUCAAACACCAGAAAUGAUCUUGUGAGAGUAGCUGAAAGUCUUCUAUUUGAAAUUGUAUUAGUUGGUUUCUUUUCCUAGGGACCCAACUAUUGCUGUAUAUAUUGUGGCAGCCAGUGAAUGUAAAUUCUCAAAUUUUCUCAUCGAAAAAGUGUCUGCAGAAGUUUGUGUUUUAGUAUUUGGUCCCAAGGAGUGUACAUAAAAAGGAUGACGAAGGGAGGACAAUCUAUUAGGUUUUGGGGACGACAGUCUUCAUUCACCAUUGCUGUUAUUUUUAUAACGACUAUAUUUUUGUGGUCCUGGGAGAACAACCCACACCUCGUCAAUCUAUUAUCGAAAGAGGAGCCGUUCAUAAUGAAUACUCCAGGUAAUCUUUUUGCCGAUGAUUCCGUGGAAUCUUCUUUGCUAUUAAAUCCCAAAGAAGAGCUCAAAGAUGAAUAUUCAAUUACUAAAUUGGAAGAAGGUAAAACAGUUGAAGAGGGUGUGCAGCAUUUUGACAAUUCAAACAGUUAUUCUGUGGAACAGAAAGAUGAGAACACGGUUUUGUCUUCCUCUUUGCGGAAUGAAGAUCUUUUUGCAGAUGAUCCUGCCGAAUCUUCAACUUUAUUGAAUUCCAGUGAACAGAGGAAAGAGAAAGAUUCAGUUUCUCAACCAGCAAAAGUUAAAAAAGUUGAUACGAGCACAAUACAUUCUGAAAGUGCCGACAUACAUUCCGAUGGAAUUAAGGAUGAAAGAAGGGGUUCAACCUUGUCUUUGCAGAAAAUUGCUUGUAAUUAUGGGAAAGGAAGAUGGGUCGCAGAUAGUCGAAGGCCUCUGUAUUCUGGCUUUGGCUGUAAGCAGUGGCUAUCCGAUAUGUGGGCAUGUAGACUAACCAAACGCAGCGACUUCUCCUAUGAAAAAUAUCGUUGGCAACCGAGUGAUUGUGAUAUGCCCGAGUUUGAAGGCGCAGAAUUUUUGCGGAAAAUGCAGGACAAGACGCUGGCAUUCAUCGGAGAUUCUCUGGGCCGACAGCAGUUCCAAUCUCUAAUGUGCAUGAUCUCCGGCGGUAAGGACAUGCCGGAAGUUGAGGACAUUGGAGAGAAAUACAGCCUGGCGAAACAGCAAGGAGCCAUCCGACCCGACGGGUGGGCGUAUUGGUUUCCCAAAACCAACACCACUGUUUUAUAUUACUGGUCGGCGAGCCUUUGCGACAUCGAACCGAUCAAUGCCACCAACCCAGCCACCGAAUACGCCAUGCACUUGGAUCGACCACCGUCAUUUUUGAGACAAUUCCUCCCGGGGUUCAACGUCGUGAUUCUCAACACCGGCCAUCAUUGGAAUCGAGGGAAGCUCAACGCAAACCGAUGGGUCAUGUACGCAAACGGAAAACGGGUUGUGGACCGAAAGCUAGCCAUGAUGGGGAAUGCGAAGAAUCACACGCUCUACAGCGUCGCGAGAUGGCUCGACUCGCAGAUUUCCUUGCGCCCCAGUCUCAAAGUCUUCCUCCGUACGAUAUCGCCGAGACAUUUCUCUCACGGAGAAUGGAACACAGGCGGUAGCUGUGACAAUGUAACACCGUUACAGAAGGGGAGCGAAGUUUUUCACGACAGAUCGAGUGAUCCCGUAGUCGAGGAUGCUCUCCGAGGCACCAAAGUAAAGAUUCUCGACAUUACGGCGCUGUCGGAGCUGAGAGACGAAGGGCACAUAUCGAGGUACAGUAUAAAAGCAUCUGACGGGAUCAACGACUGCCUCCAUUGGUGCCUUCCCGGAAUUCCCGAUACAUGGAACGAGCUGGUCUACGCGCAACUUUGAUUUGAUUCCGGAAACUGCCCAUUGUCUGCUCCGGUAGAAGCUGGCGGCGGCGGCGGCGGCGGAUUGCCUGAUCUGCUAACUACUAACGUUAAGCUACAACAGAGGUACAUAUUGUUUGGCUCAAAAUUCAGGUCAGAUUUGUGGAUUUAAUUUGAUGGAGUUCAGCAAUGUGGAUGUGAUUUAUUGAUUUUUUUGAUGAUGAUAUAUAUAUAAAUGCACCAUUGAUUGUCAACACUGCUGUGUAUUAGACUAGACUGCUAAUUUAAAUACUACCCAUUCUAAUUUGAAAAGAAUUACAUAAUUUAGUUCAUAUUUUAAAUUUUCUAAUAUACUAGUAUGAUUUUCUUAAUUUUAAUUACAUUAAUUAAUUAUUUUUAUUUUAAUCUAUACAUUUGUAUUGCAGUGUUAUAUUUUUUAUACUCCCUUCGUCUCACAUACCAUGUCUAGGUUCUGUCUGUCUCAUAUUUCAUGUCACUUUCUCUUUUUUAAAAAUGAUUAUAUACUUAAUCGCAUUUUAAACUUUUUAAGAUUUUUUUAAAAUUUUAAUUAAACUAAUUAGU